AUGGCGGAUUUCAAUCUACCCUUGGCAGUUGCUCUGGGAGCCUGCUCCUUCGAGGCCUACAACCUGCCAUACCACAUGUAUGGCAUCAAGGAGCUGCACCCUUGUGGAGCAGAGACGCUGUACAUGGACCCAGCCUAUCUGGAGGAGAUUGUGGAGGGCCUCUUGCGCGUGCAUGUGAGGCAUGCCUUCGGCCUGCAGCCUCAAGGGGAGAAGCAGGAGUGCAACCCAUUUGUCACCGUGGCCCUCGGCCCUGGUGCAGGGAGGACGCAUGCAGUGAAAGGGUCGAGUGAUCCAAUAUGGCGAGAGACGCUAUUUUUGUACGUGCGGGAUUCAGAAACACAGAGCCUCACAGUGCAUGUGGAGCACGCUGCGCGGGAGCCUGAGAACAUAAAUGUUCUGCUGGGCUACGCUGAAAUGAAGGAUUUGAAAAAGCUUUGCGAUGGGGAUGUUCACAACUUGCAACUGGACCUGCAAGGGGAGGGAUGCAGCGGCUCGGUGGAUUUUUCGGUGCGAUAUGAACCUUGCGAGUACAAGGCCGAAGCCAUCGACAGCAUCAAGGCCAAGGCGGUGGGGCAAAUGCUGAUUGAUGACUGGGCUCCUGGGAGGGAGGACUGGUUCGAUGCAGAGUCAGACACAUGGCACUAUGAGCCCGGCGAGGGGGAGCGUUUUCCAGGGCUGGAGGAGGCUGCUCUGGGCGACCAUGUGCAGCAGGUCCUCUCAGAUGCCACAGGGAACCUGUUGACUGAGGGAGUGGACCCCACCAGGGAGGAGUGGAAGGCAUGGACCUCCUUCAGGGACUCCAUCGCUGAGGAGUGGAACCCUGACAGCCUCAAAGCUGUCGCCUUCAUCCUCAACAGGGCGACCAGCACAGAGGUGUGGAUAUACCGCAAUCAGCAGACGAGGGAGGCGGUGAUUGCCUUCCGGGGCACGAGUAAUCCGCAGGACAUGAUGACUGAUGCGGCGCUCGCCAUGUCAGCAUUCAGCCCCGGGCACCGCAGCGGCGGCAGCAAGUCGCCUAAUGACGUGGCAGCUGAGCUGUCGGAUGAGGAAGUCCUACAGGGGCCGCUGGGCGGCAUCUUUGCCAGCAUCAAGAGCAUGGAGAGGGUGCGGCUGCCAAAGCUUCCAUUUGGGAAGAAAAAGAAGAAGGGGUCAAGGAAAACGCGGCCGCUGAAAGCCGUGCAGGGGUUGAAGGCCUGGGCCAAGGCGCAGUCUGUGAUGCUGUACGGAGUGGAGCACGAUGAGAUCUGGGUGCACGAGGGCUUCAACGAGGCGUACCAAUCGGUGAAGCCGCGUGUGCUGGACAUCUUCGAUGAGAUCAUUGGCGAGUGCGUCAACAGCCGCAGCCCCGCCGCCGGCAAAUCGAACGAUGACAGGUGGCGAGUGUAUCUCACCGGCCACUCCAUGGGCGGCGCGCUGGCCACGCUGUGUGCGUACGAGCUGGCGGCGAGGGAUUAUGGGAAUGUGCCAGAGCCAGCGGUAACAAUGUACAGCUUUGGGCAGCCCAGAGUGGGCAACCUGCCGUUCUCCUCUGACUACGACGAGGUGGUACCGGACAGCUGGAGGGUGAAGAAUGCGAACGACAUAGUCACGCGCGUUCCCUCCCUGCUGGGCUACCACCACAUCGGCGUCGAGGUGCAGAUGUUCCCUGACGGGCAGCUCACAAUCUCGCGCGAAACCUCCGACGACCUCCGCGAGGGCGCCUUUGCAGCAGACAUCAUCCCUAAGAUCAAUGAGGGGAUGCUAGGGGACGAUCCGAAGGCCAAGGAGGAGUUUGAGGCGCUAGCAAAGGCCGACAUGGAGGUGUGGAAGAGCAUCAUGAGCGGCGCUGCCAUCAUGGAGCACAUGGAGGAUAAGUACCACGACAUGCUCAAGAAAUGUGUGGAGAAGCGCGAUGAGGGCGGAAAGCUACCAGUGAAGAACCUGGCUGAAACAGGGGAAUAA